AUGAUCACCCAGACGGGGACUCCCCCGGCGCCCUCCGGGGCGCCGCGCGCGCCUGGAGGGCCGACUUGUUUUUCAGCGGUUUGCGGCUGGAUGUUCAAGUCUGAAGGCUGGCUCCGUCUCGCCGUGGGGCUCCAGGCCCUUGUGGGGACUGCGCGACUGCUUACGCCCCGUCCUCUAGUUGCCGUCUCAAAUUUUUUUCUCGUGUUCCUCGGGUUCAACGUCACCGCGACGCCCGCCGUCAUUCGCCUCUUCUUUCUCUCCUUCUUUGCGCUCAUCCUCGGCCUCUCGGAUCUCUUUUGGCUGGUGAUGAAAUUCACGGGGCCCUUCGGGACAGCCUGGCUCGACCCGCAGUACUACUGGCGCCCGCUGUACCCUUCUGUCUACGACCGGCCCUAUCUGCUGCCCCCCGCCUCCCAGUCGCCCUACCAGGACAAACCUGAACACGCAGGUCCUGGGAGAAACGAGACGCAGGCAGGCGCUCCGCCGCCUCUGCCGCGCAUGUACCCGCCGGAGCGACCGCCCGCUGUCUGGCAAAUCUACGUCGAACUCGUCUGCUUCUGCGUCAGCCCUCUGGUCUGCCUUUUGACUGCCUGGCUGGCGUGGCGAAUCUACAAGCGAAAUAUCUUGGAGAUCCAGGCCACCGAGGUAGCAUUUUUCCUGCCUGCGGGAGAGCCCGAAUACGGGGCGACGGGAACGUCGCCUUCUCCGGGCCUCUUCACACCGGGGCACCCGACGACUGGCGUCGUCGCGGAGGGCGAAGCUCUUCUGCAGCCCUCUCGCUCAAGCGCCUUCGUCCCCUUCGCCGGCGAAGGUAUGCGGCUAGGCGGAGGCGAGAGAGACGACGGAUACCGGUGGGGAGACGACGCGAAGAAAGACGCGGCAGAAGGCGCAACCUCAGAGGCCGCGAUGAGAAAUGACGAAAAAAUAUGA